AAUCUGGAAAAACUAAACAUGAGGGUUGCAGGUGCUGCAAAAUUGGUGGUAGCUGUGGCAGUAUUUUUGCUGACAUUUUAUGUUAUUUCUCAAGUAUUUGAAAUAAAAAUGGAUGAAAGUUUAGGAAAUCUAUUUGCAAGAUCAGCCUUGGACAUAGCUGCACGUUCUACAAAGCCUCCUAGAUAUAAAUGUGGAAUCUCAAAAGCUUGCCCUGAAAAGCAUUUUGCUUUCAAAAUGGCUAGUGGAGCAGCCACUGUGGUUGGACCCAAAAUCUGUCUGGAAGAUCAGGUAUUAAUGAGUGGUGUUAAGAAUAAUGUUGGAAGAGGUAUCAAUGGCUUGGCAAAUGGAAAAACAGGCCAACUAAUAGACACUACAUAUUUUGACAUGUGGGGAAAAGAUGCGGCCCCAUUUAUUGAAUUUCUGAAGCUUAUACAAGAUGGAACAAUAGUCUUAAUGGGAACAUAUGAUGAUGAAGCAACCAAACUCAACGAUGAGGCCCAGCAUCUCAUCGCUGAAUUAGGGAGUACGUCUAUAACUAGUCUUGGAUUCAGAGACAACUGGAUCUUCUGUGGUGGAAAAGGAAUUAAGACCAAAAGUCCUUUUGAACAGCACAUAAAGAACAAUAAGGACACAAACAAAUACGAGGGAUGGUCUGAAGUUGUGGAAAUGGAAGGAUGUAUCCCCUGGAAGCAAGACUGAUAUGGAGAAAAUGGAAGAAUCUGCACUUUGCUCAAUGAGAAACUGUGUAAAUAUUUUAUGAGCAUGCAACCAUCUUGUGUGCACGAGCAUCAUCUCUUUUGAUAAUAAGAAUUAUUUAUUGCUAACAUAAAAUAGAUAUCUUUGUACAUAGGUGUUAAAAUGAGCAAAUCACCAAACCAUUUCUAAGUACAUCUCCCCGAUAGUACAGGUUUUAGCCUACUAUAAUAAAUGACAUGGUUCUGAUAGCAUACUCAAUGUAAACUGGCUUGAGUGUGAAAAUGUAUAGUUGCUGUGGACAUAUAUAUGUGAUAAUUAAUUAAUUAAUUAUGGAUUUUUAGAGAGGAUACUUUGUUUUAUAUAUUGUCUUUUGAUGAUAAUAUCUUUGAAAUUAAAGAGAUAUUUGACUAGUAAAAAAAGAAA